UCCACCACCAUCAUCACCAUGCCGCGCAUCUUGGUGCUCGGCAGCGGCAUGGUCGCCCCACCAUGCAUUGAAUACCUUGCACGCAACCCAAAUAACACAAUCACGGUUGCCUGUAGGAGCUUGCAGUCCGCCCAGAAGCUUGCAGCCGGCUUUCCCCACACCGAAGCCAUCACCCUGGACGUCACCUCGCAUACCGACCUGGAUAAACACAUCGCCGCCCACGACGUCGUCAUCUCCCUAAUCCCAUACAUUCAUCACGCUGCAGUCAUCAAGUCAGCCAUCAAGAGCGCCACCAACGUGGUAACCACCAGCUACGUUUCGGACGCCAUUCGUCAGCUAGAUGAGUCUGCCAAGCAAGCUGGCAUUACUGUGCUGAACGAGGUUGGUGUAGACCCUGGCGUAGAUCACCUCUAUGCCAUCAAGAAGAUCAAUCAAGUCCACGCACAGGGUGGAAAAGUCCUGGAGUUUUAUUCGUACUGUGGCGGCCUUCCCGCGCCCGAGUGCGCCCACAAUCCUCUUGGAUUCAAGUUUUCAUGGUCUCCACGCGGAGCGUUGCUCUCUCAGCGAAACUCUGCACGCUUCUUGAAGGAUGGAAAAGUGGAAAACAUCUCAUCUGACGCGCUCAUGGCGACAGCCGCGCCGUAUCAUGUCAUGGAUGGUUACGACUUCGUGGCCUACCCUAAUCGUGACUCGGUUCCUUUUCAACGCUUCUACGCUAUUCCUGAAGCUCGUACCGUCCUUCGCGGAUCUCUUCGGUACAAAGGCAAUCCUGCGUUUGUGCAGGCCCUUGCGGACAUCGGCUGGCUCGACCAGACUCAGAAGACGUGGCUGAAGGAUGGCAUGACGUGGGCCGAUAUCCACCAACACAUACUUGGCGUCGACAGCCCGGACGAGACUGCUCUGGUGGCUUCCAUUCGCGACGUCGCCAAGUUUCCCAACGAGGCCGAAGCCGAGCGAAUCAUUUCCGGCAUGAGGUGGAUGGGACUGUUUUCGUCGGAGCCUGCCAUCGUUGUCGAAGGAAACCUUCUAGAUACCCUGUGUGCGCAGCUAGAAAAGCUGAUGAGUUUCGCUCCUGGUGAACGAGACUUGGUAAUGCUUCAGCACAAGUUUGUCGUUGAAUGGUCCGAUGGCCAACAGGAAACAUUCACGUCUACGCUCGAGCUGCUCGGUGACCCGGAUCGCUUCUCUGGUAUGGCGCUUUCCGUAGGCGUCACAUGCGGGAUUGCUACUCAGCUCUUGCUAGACAAGCACCCCGCUAUUCGUAAGCCUGGUGUUUUGGCACCCUACACCACCGACAUCUGCGACCCAAUUCGGGCCUUGGUCGAGAAGGAGGGCAUCCGGAUGGUCGAAAAGAAAACAGCAUGA